AUGGCCUUCACACCCGUGAUCAUCGGCGUCGCGGACGUCACGAACAAGUCCCAGGUGCACAAGGAGCCCGCGACGCUGAUGUUUGAGGCCAUCUCCAACGCGAUCCACGACACGGGGCUCGACUCCCUCGCACCGGUCACGUCCCAGAUUGACAGCAUCGACGUCGUCAGGACGUGGACUUGGCCGUACGCCGAUCUGCCCGGCCUGCUGGGGAAGUGGCUCGGGCUCGACGAGCGGCCCGCCUGGACGCGGUACACGGACCACGGGGGCAAUGAGCCGGCUAAGCUGGUCGACGAGGCGGCGGGGCGGAUAGCCAGGGGCGAGAGUAAGGUGGCUGUUGUUACCGGGGGCGAGGCACUUGCUUCUGAUCUCGGCCAAGACCUCGGCGGUAUACACUCUAUAGGCACACCUAUCCAAAUCUAUCCUUUAUACGAGAACGCCUUCAGGGCUCACCGCGGGCAGACACCCAAGGAAAACAAUGACGAAUCUGCAGCUCUAUACGCAGAUUUUGCGCAAGUGGCUGCAACUAACCAGUAUUCCUGGAAUUAUGGAAAUCGACCGGCGACCAAGGAGGAGAUAGGGGUUGUGUCAAAGAGGAACCGAAUGAUCUGCUCACCAUAUCCACUUCUCAUGAACGCCUUCAACACCGUCAACCUCGCCGCAGCCGUCCUUCUGACGUCCGCCGAAAACGCAAGGGAGCUCGGCGUGCCAGAGGACAAGUGGGUGUACCCUCUGGGCGGCGCGGGGAGGAAGGAGAGAAAACACUUCUGGGAGCGGCCCAACUUCCACCGCAGUGACGCGAUAUCAAUCGCUUUGGACGAGUGUCUCUCACUGUCUGGGGUCAAGACCACAGACAUUGACGUCCUUGAUCUGUACUCAUGCUUCCCCAUCGUCCCAAAGCUGGCCUGCCACCACCUCGGCCUCCCGAUCCUCAACAGCCCCAAGCCGUUGACGCUCCUCGGGGGCCUCACAUCAUUCGGCGGGGCCGGCAACAACUAUUCCAUGCACGCGAUCACCGAGAUGUCGCGACAGCUGCGGGACCGGAAGGCCAAGAACGGGCUCGUGCUCGCCAACGGAGGGUUUCUAUCGUACCAGCACGCUUUGUGUCUGUCCGUGGAGCCGCGGCGGGAAGGGUCGUCGUAUCCGGACAGCCGUGGCUCCUCGGCCGCUGUCGUGGGAGCCCACGCCCCGGUAGAGCCGUUGGCACAAGGAGAAGCUGUCGUCGAGACGUAUACCGUCCAGUUUGACCGGGAGGGCAAUCCAGAGAUGGCUUUCGUCAUCGGCCGUCUGACUGGAAGUAAGUAUCGGUUCGUCGCCAACCACGGCGACCAACGGACACUGCAGGAGCUGUCGUCUGCUGUCGAAGAGCAAAUUGGGAAGGUUGGCUAG